AUGAAUCCCACAAAAAAAGAGCUUGCUAGUCUCAUCAUUGACUACCUCUGCCGUACUGCUGAGGGUAAAGAAAUUGGAGAAGACUAUAUUGAUUCUCUUAAUGUCGCGAUCGACUGUGUCACGGAGGCGUUUGAAGUCGAAAAAGAGUCCGCUUCGAGCGUAAUUGAGAAAUCUUUUGGAGGUCAGAGCCUUGAGCAAAUUGUUGGUGCAUCAAGUAAAGGACCCACUGCUACCCAACAAGAGCCGGUUAAGGUCAACAUUCCGGUCGAGGACGCCGAAAUCAAAGCCAAGGCAGAGGCUUUGAAGUUAGAGGGUAACAAGGCUAUGGCUACCAAAGACUUCGAACAUGCUAUAUCUAAGUACUCUGAGGCCAUUCGGACUCUGCCUUCCAAUGCAGUAUAUUUUGCUAACAGGGCUGCCGCCUAUUCUUCGUUGAAGAAGUACGCUGAAGCAGUUGAAGAUGCUGAGGCUGCUAUCAAGGUGAACCCCUCAUACUCUAAAGGCUACUCCAGGCUAGGUUUUGCUCAAUAUGCGCUAGGAAGGCCUGAGGAAGCACUCGAUGCCUACAAAAAGGUGCUAGACAUCGAAGGCAGUAAUGCCACUGACGCAAUGAAGAGAGAUUAUGACACCGCAAUGAAAAAGGUGGAGCAAUCUCUGAAUGUCGAGAGGAGCGCGCCAGCCGCGAGCAAUGCAGAAAGUCCCGACGCUGCUGGUGGGAGCGGCUUCCCAGAUAUCGCCUCAAUGCUGGGAGGCGGCUUAGGCGGCGGCCUAGGGGGUCUGCUGAAAAACCCUCAAGUGAUGCAGGCUGCUCAACAAAUGAUGCAAAAUCCCAAUGCUAUGCAAGAGAUGAUGAGCAAUCCAGCUAUUAAGCAAAUGGCGGACAAGUUUCAGUCAGGUGGUGGUACCCCUAGCAUGGCAGACUUGAUGAAUAAUCCUGCUCUCAUGGAUAUGGCUAAAAAUAUGUUUGGGGGUCCUAAGCAAUAG